AUGAAAAGUAAGUUAUAUGUACCAGGUAUUGGACAAGCAGGCGUUAAUCAACUUGGUGGAGUAUUCGUUAAUGGUCGUCCGUUACCUGAUCAUGUGCGUCGAGAGAUUGUCGAAUUAGCGUUGAAUGGUAUUCGUCCAUGUGAUAUAUCACGAAAAUUACUGGUUUCCCACGGAUGUGUUUCGAAAAUUUUAACAAGAUUUUAUGAAACUGGUUCUAUUCGGCCAGGAUCAAUUCAUGGACGAAAAUCGAAAAAAAUAAAUAUUUGCCAAUCAAAUGAUAAUGAAGGAUUAUUAACUGUUCGGAAUCAUCAAGCAAAUUUACUGUGUACAUUACAACAUUAUAAUCAAUUUUUGUUAGAACAAACUAUAAAGUUAUCAACGGAUUAUGAAAUCUCAAUGGAAACAAAUUCGUCGUCAUUAAUUAAACAUUCCAUUGACAAUAUUUUAUCAAACGAGAUGGCGACAAAAAAUAAAACUUAUGGCUCAUAUUUAAUAAUUCAAUAA